GCUCUGGCUUUGCUCAAUUCUAAACUCAGAAAAACAGGAAAUGCGAGGCCUUAGAAGGGGACUGUUGAAUGUGCUACGCAGAUGUUAGACUACGUGUUUUGGGCCUGAAGAACUUUGAACAUCAACAUGAAAACGUGUUUUUAAAUCUCCACCAAAGAGCUGUUGAUUUCAAAACUUAGAUUUCAUAAUCCUGAACGGUACCAGCUUUCCAGAAAACCAUCAGGAGUUUGUUGUUUUUCUAGUUACUGCAGUGGUUCUUAAAGACACCAACAUGAAUACUGAAAGUUUGCUUGAAGUUGCAACCCUUGGAAGACAACUUCAUUUGGGGAUGUUGUACGACUGCCACAACGACUCCUUCAUUCCAGGGGUCUACCUGUGGGACAUGGACAACAUACAGAAGAACACGAUAGUGAGGCAGAGCCCAAAAACAUCUUUCAACAUUCAUCUCACUGACUCUCUGGAAGAAAAAUCAAAAAUAUUACAAAUAAGUUCCUCUCUUAGUGCGAGUAUAUAUGCAGGGUUAGUAAACGUGGAGGGAUCGGCCAGUUAUUUGAAUGACAGAUCAUCUUCUUUACACGAGUGCAGAGUGACUGCCCAGUACAGUGUGAGGACCAAGACUGAGCACCUUAACAUGAGCCAAAUAGGAAGUGCAACCUACAAAGACAUCGAAGACCCAAAUUUGAGUUCUACUCAUGUCGUUAUUCAGGUAGAAUACGGUGCAGAAGCGCUGAUGGUGUUCAGUGAAUCAGCAUCAGAUGAGCGAAACAAGCAAGAUAUUCAAUCAAGCAUGAAACUCAUGGUGAAUAAGAUUGGCUUGUUAAAUAUCAGUGCUGAGGGAAAGGUUCAAAUGACUGAUGAAGAAAGGAAGAAAGUGCAGAACUUUACCUGCACCUUCCAUGGUGAAUUUGCAUUGGAGGAGAACCCAACCAACUUUGAAGAGGCAGUAAAAGUCUACAAAAGUCUCCCCAAACUGCUCGGGUCAAAUAAGGAGAAUGUGGUGCCCAAGAAAGUCUGGCUCGUCCCUUUAAUAGAACUUGUGCCUUCGGCUCCAGAGGUCAAGCACAAAGUCAGCAAAAUGAACUGCAUUAAGUUACAGAACAUCAUGGAGCAGCUGAACACUGCACAAAUGAGAGCAAAUGACAUUUCUAAAGAGAGCGACUCCAUUCAGGCCACUGACAUCACUAAGAAGAUGAAAGAUUUUGGAGAAAACCUUCAGAAAUACACAGUUGUGUGGAAAGACAACCUCUUUAAACUCCUCCCUGAAAUCAGGAAGGGAGCAGAGAAGGAAGAAAGGCUGGAGAAGAUGUUCGGUCUUCAUGAAGAAUCACCCUUUGGGCCCAGCAAAACGGACCCCUGGCUGAAAGAAAGAGAGACUGAACUCAGCGUUAUUCAUUCAUACAUUAAUGAAAUUACAAGCAAGGUCCCAAAUCUGAAGAUCGUAGCUCGUGAAGACUUAGACAAAGUGCUGCCUGAUCCUGGAAACAAAGUGGUAGGGGCGUUUGUGUUCACUUCUCUUAAAGAAGAUGACCCUUACCUGGACUCCCUCAGGUUUUGCCUGGACUCUGAGAAGUUCACUACAAUGGAAUGUUUACCCUCUGAUCUGCAAACGUCAGUCAAAGAUGAAACUCCUUGGUACAAAUGUUCUAAAAUCUCAAAGAGCAUGAGGGAAUGUCUUGAAUUCUUUUGUGCACUUGCCCAGAGUCCUAAAAUGUUUUCCAUAAUCAGCUACGUCCCCUAUCCUUAUAAUGAAGGUGCUUCUGUGAGGCAAUAUUUAAAUGGGAAACUUGUCUGUGUAAAUUGCCUAAACCCAUUUGAGCCAGAGGUGGUAAAAAUCAAUGGGAACACUAUAACCAUGAGACGAACAGAAAUAUCUGGGCUUAUAGAAAUUUUGUACAAGAAAAAGAGUGAUGGAGACAAAGCACAGGAUCAGAAGGUGCCAUGGCCAGAUACCCAAAAAGAGAUAGUGAUCUUAAACCUGCUGCCCAACACUGAGUAUGAACUCACAGUUAAUGUCCAUCAAAAUGUUUUCAAGACUUUCACCUUUGUGACCAAACCAAACUGAAGCAUCGGCUCCCCAAGACAAAGAGACACAACAGCUCCUUAUUGAAGAUGUGAAGAUUCUUGUUUUACUGCAGUGGAGUCUUUCUUCUGUAACUGAACCUCCUUUUUUGUAGGAAACUGUUAGUCUCUUUACUGCAUUUUCUAUUUUAACACAUCUGAUUCAGCUCAUCUGCUAAAACUGAUGGCCUUUUUAAAUUCAUUUAGGAAUGUAAAUGUAGAGCUACACAUACAGAGGUUAACGACUAAUCUAAUGAACCAGACAUGCAGUUUCAGGUAUACAGUCACGUCUCUGCUGUGUUGAAAGAGAACUGAGUCCUGUCUGUCUUUUUAAGACUCACUGUGUUAUACAUCUGAUAUUCUGGGAUAUAUUGAUUUGUAUCUAUUGAUUAGCUGAGAUUAGCUUAAACUGUAUUCAAACAUCUAUUGAUUAGCUUAGAUUAGCUUAAACUGUAUACAAACAUCUAUUGAUUAGCUGAGAUUAGCUUAAACUGUAUACAAACAUCUAUUGAUGAGAUUAUCUUAAACUGUAUACAAACAUCUAUUGAUUAUCUUAGAUUAGCUUAAACUGUAUACAAACAUCUAUUGAUGGGAUUAUCUUAAACUGUAUACAAACAUCUAUUGAUUAUCUUAGAUUAUCUUAAACUGUAUACAAACAUCUAUUGAUUAUCUUAGAUUAUCUUAAACUGUAUACAAACAUCUAUUGAUGGGAUUAUCUUAAACUGUAUACAAACAUCUAUUGAUAAACUGAGAUUAGUUUAAACUGUAUACAAACAUCUAUUGAUGGGAUUAUCUUAAACUGUAUACAAACAUCUAUUGAUAAACUGAGAUUAGUUUAAACUGUAUACAAACAUCUAUUGAUUAUCUUAAACUGUAUACAAACAUCUAUUGAUUAGCUGAGAUUAUCUUAAACUGUAUACAAACAUCUAUUGAUUAUCUUAGAUUAGCUUAAACUGUAUACAAACAUCUAUUGAUGGGAUUAUCUUAAACUGUAUAUAAACAUCUAUUGAUAAACUGAGAUUAGUUUAAACUGUAUACAAACAUCUAGUGAUGAGAUUAUCUUAAACUGUAUACAAACAUCUCUUGAUUAGCUGAGAUUAUCUUAAACUGUAUACAAACAUCUAUUGAUUAUCUUAAACUGUAUACAAACAUCUAUUGAUAAACUGAGAUUAGCUUAAACUGUAUACAACAUCUAUUGAUAAACUGAGAUUAUCUUAAACUGUAUACAAACAUCUAUUGAUUAUCUUAGAUUAUCUUAAACUGUAUACAAACAUCUAUUGAUAAACUGAGAUUAGCUUAAACUGUAUACAAACAUCUAUUGAUAAACUGAGAUUAGCUUAAACUGUAUACAAACAUCUAUUGAUAAACUGAGAUUAGCUUAAACUGUAUACAAACAUCUAUUGAUAAACUGAGAUUUGCUUAAACUGUAUACAAACAUCUAUUGAUCAGCUGAGAUUAGUUUAUAUUCAAGAGUUAAAAAAAGUAAUUAGUUGUACAAACAGUUUGUGCACUUGGAAGGUGUAAAAAACACGGGUGAUUGGACAGAGGCUCUUGGACAAUGUACGAGAAAGAGGCUUAAAAAAAAGAGUUAAAAGAGUGAUUUCUCUCUGAUGUUCUGGAGGUUAACAGUAGCAGGCCGCUAUCUGUGUUUUGGGAACAGACAGAGAGAGUAACUAGUGUUGGAGCAAUGCUGUUAGAUACUUUGGCUUUUUGAUUCAUUUUUACAUUCAUUUAUUCUUUCAUUUUCUAUUCUCAUUUUUAUUUUAACCAACUUCAACAUUUAAUCAAUGAUUUUUCUGCAUGAUCAACAUUUUCUUCAGUAUCAUAAACCUUGUUUUGUGUGAGGAAUUCUUCUAAUAAAUCUGGCA